AUGUCCUUCACUCCAACCAAUAUCGAUCUCACAACCACCCCCUGCUUCCCCGCUCUCAACUCAACCCAAACCAACAGCCUUCUCAGCCUUCGCAUCUCCUCCAUCUUCGUAAUUGGCCUUACCUCAACACUAUCGGCCUGCUUCCCUCUCCUCCCACGGCGAAACCCCCGCUGGAAAAUCUCCGGCGGGAUAUACACAUUUGCGCGCUUCUUCGGCACAGGCGUUAUCAUCGCUACAGCGUUUAUCCACUUGCUGGAUCCGGCAUAUGAAGCUAUCGGGCCACGGAGUUGUGUUGCUGCGGAUGGGGUGUGGAGUAAGUUUCCAUGGUGCGCGGGCAUCGUCUUAACGUCGAUCUUGCUUGUUUUCUGCGUGGACCUUGCGGCAGAAGUGUAUGUUCAGGAGCGCUUCGGGAAAACCAAAGAAAGAGAAGGAAUUGUACGGUGUGGAGAGCGGGAGGCGUUACUUGCUGCAGAGCAACAAGAUGGUACUGCAACAAGAAAAGAUAAUGCGGCUUUUUCGUCGGAUCCAGAGCAGAGUGAGGUAUUCGUGCGGUCCCAAAUCUCCUUCGCACAGCAGAUCAGCACGUUUCUUGUGCUGGAACUCGGCAUCAUAUUCCACUCCGUUAUCAUCGGGUUGAACCUUGGUGUCGUGGCUUCAUCGACUUUUACUACGCUGUACCCCGUUCUCUUCUUCCAUCAGUCCUUCGAGGGCCUCGGCAUCGGCGCUCGUCUAUCGAAUAUUCAUUUCCCUCGCGACAAAGCGUGGAUGCCAUGGGCGCUAUGUGCGCUGUACGGACUUACGACACCGCUGGCAAUCGCGGUGGGCCUGGGUGUUAGGACUACGUAUGUGCCGGAGAGUAGAGGAGGAGUGAUUGUGCAGGGUGUUAUGAAUGCUGUGAGCGCGGGAUUCUUGAUUUAUAGUGCUUUGGUCGAGUUGCUGGCCAAGGACUUUCUGUUUGAUAAGGAGAGAACUAGGGAUUUGGGUAAGUUGGGAUUGAUGAUUGCAUACGUCUUUGUUGGUACUGCUGCUAUGGCGUUGCUUGGAUAUUGGGCGUAG